AUGCAUGUUAACGAUAUAAUUGAUAAUCUCGAGCAUAAUUGGACAAAUAUUGAUGCUGGUAGAGCACAAGUGGAAAAAAGAAUUAAUAUUGGUUCUUACAUACAUGAACUUCGACAGCAUGGAAUUAUAAUUCCAAAAAGAGAAGUUCCAAAAUCUCUUGCAGGAUUUCUUCGUAUGUAUCUUAAUGUUCUUCGAUUCGGCAGUAUUGAUAAAACAUAUUCAUCUCAACCACUUAAUCCUUGGAGACUCACUUUUACACACUCAUUUCCUUAUCUUCAUCUACGUAGUCUCCUUAAUUUAUCUGAUAUAUUCUCACC